AUGCCAUCAUUUGACUUUGCAGGAGUGAGCAACAGCUCCUCAGAUACCCAACCAUCAAGACUUAGCUUUGAUGGACACGUUGCCAAAAUCAACUUUGAUCUUCUCAUCCAUGCUCAAAAUCCAAAUGUGCUUGGUAUUGAUUUAUCGCAGAUCAAUGCAACGGCAUAUUACCCAUCAUCAUCAGGUCCAAUUAACGUAGGAGGUGGAUACUUGGAUCAUCAAUUCGUAUCCCCACAUGCCAAUGAGAACUUCUCUUUUCCUUUUGCCAUUGAAUACGAUCCAUUUGGGCCAUCCCAUGAAACCAUCCUUAAGCUCUUGAUCGAAAAAUGUGGAUUGACAGGUGGACAACCCCAGGAUUUAAACAUUGAUUAUACGAUCCACUUGACCGCCAAAGUAUUGUUUGUUACAGUGCAUCCCACCAUCCAAUCAUCCACCACGUUUAAAUGUCCUCUUGAAGACGGAUCGGCAUUACUUGGAUCAGGAAUGCCAGGAUUACAAACUUUGGGUGGGAUACUUCAUGGUCGGUAG